AUGGAAUUCAUGCUCUCCAAAAUAAGUGCGCUGAAUGCUGCCGACAUCAUCCGCAGGUCUUCUUCUCAGGAAGUGGCUGGAGAUCCAGGAAUGUUCCUUUCACAGUACAGACCCAUGAAAAACUCCAACAUCCUUAACAACUCCAGCACCAUCACUGGCUUCAUCCUCCUGGGCUUCCCUUGCCCCAGGGAGGGGCAGAUCCUCCUCUUUCUGCUCUUCUCUGUUGUCUACCUCCUGACCCUCAUGGGCAAUGGUUCCAUCAUCUGUGCUGUGCGCUGGGAUCAGAGACUCCACACCCCCAUGUACAUCCUGCUCGCCAACUUCUCCUUCCUGGAGAUCUGCUACGUCACCUCCACUGUCCCCAACAUGUUGGCCAACUUCCUCUCUGACACCAAGGUCAUCUCCUUCUCUGGGUGCUUUGUCCAGUUCUACUUUUUCUUCUCCUUGGGUUCUACAGAAUGCUUUUUCUUGGCUAUUAUGGCAUUUGAUCGAUACCUUGCUAUCUGCUGGCCCCUACGUUACCCCACUCUUAUGACUGGACGUCUCUGCACCAAUCUUGUGGUCAGCUGCUGGGUACUUGGUUUCCUCUGGUUCCCAGUCCCUAUCAUCAUCAUUUCCCAGAUGUCCUUCCGUGGAUCUAAGAUUAUUGACCACUUCCUCUGUGACCCCGGUCCUUUGUUAGCACUCGCCUGUGCCAGAGCCCCAGUAAUGGAGUUUUAUUGGACUUUCAUAAGUUCUUUGCUGUUAUUUAUGCCUUUUCUCUGCAUCAUGGGGUCCUAUGCUCUGCUCCUGAGAGCUGUGUUUAGUUUGUCUUCAGCAGCCGGACGAAGAAAGGCUUUCUCCACCUGUGGUUCUCAUCUGGCUGUGGUUUCACUCUUCUAUGGGUCAGUGAUGGUCAUGUAUCUGAGCCCAGCAUCUGAACAUGAAGCUGGAAUGCAGAAGCUUGUGACUCUGUUUUAUUCUGUGGGAACCCCACUCAUUAAUCCCGUGAUCUAUAGUCUGAGGAACAAAGAUAUGAAACAUGCCCUGAAGAAAUUUAUGGGAACAUAA